AGGUUUUCAUCAGUCACACAAGAGCGCAGUAGGCAAAGGAGAAAAAAUAUUAUACAGUGAUACGUAAAUAACGAUGUGAAGGGAAGUGAUCGAGGAAAAAAGUUUUUUCACCAAGGAAAGCGAAAAAUUUUCCGACUUUUCCUCGAGAUUUUCCGUGAACGGAUUCCCCGCGGCCGAUUAUCGGAGAUUGACGGAUUACGGAACGUUCCAUCCGCGGAGGUCGUGAAGUAGUGGUGACCAGCCUGUCGGAUGGUUGCAGUAGGCUAGAAAAUUUUCUGUGGAGUUAUUUUUUCCUUGUCCGUUCGCCUACUUCGGUGGGAGGAUUCUGCCUUUUCUCGAGGAAAAUAGAAAAGAGGAAAACGGCGAUGGUGGCACCGAUUUAUGAAGCGACUUGUAUUUUUCCCAGCGAAGAGUGAUUUCACGGAGGAAGAGAAUGAAAAUUAUGAAUCUUCGUGAAUAAAAGUUCUUUCCUCUUAGUAGGCAGUGAAAUUUUGCGUGAAGAAAAAUCUGAAGAAAACAGAAACCUAACGGGUGUCAAAUUCGAGGGUGGUGGGAGUGGAUGAAGUACUCCAUUGAUUUUGGAUCAAAAUAAAAGAGGGUCAUCGAAUUUAGUCCAGUGCGAUUCUGUCUCAAUACAAUAGUGAUUGUAGUUUGGAAAGUAAUUAUUUAUUCAUACGGCGAUCGCAAAGUGGAAAGUGAUUAGAAAGGAAGAAAAUUUUUGCUCUUGUAAGGAUUAAAUCAGUUCUGGAAAACAAUCAACAAUGGCGAACCCGAGGAAAUUUAGCGAGAAAAUCGCUCUACACAAUCAAAAACAAGCAGAAGAGACGGCCGAAUUUGAGCGGAUCAUGCGGGAAGUCUCGGAUGUCACGUCCAAGGGUGACGAAACAACCACGCUUACAGAGCUCAAGUCGUAUACACAGCUGGAGAGCGUGAAAAUAAAAAAGGAAGCCCCCAAGUCCAGUACCCCAAACCACAGUAGGGAAUCGAGAGGUCGAACGCCCGGGGGUCCAAUGCGAAAUCGACAGUCCAGUCGGAACCAUGACACAUCGCCUUACGGUAACAACUCGGUGCACCUGAUUCCUCCAAUGGAAAGUAAUUGGCAUAGGUCUAUUUCGGACUCGGCAAUCCACCAGAGCCUAUGCCAGCAGAAUCAGCUAGAGUCUAAUCACCUGAACACACACUCACCUUUAACGUUAAGUCCAACAGUUCAAAGAAAGAUUUCAAAUGCUCAAAGUAUCAACAAAGUUCACCACCAUAUAUCAUCGAACCAUCUCGACAACUCAAUACAUGAUGUGCGAUCUCGAUCGUCUACCUGUGUGGCAAGGUUACCAGGAAUUAAUAUUUAUCCCUCACAGAACCACACAGACGCCAUUCAAAUCCCCAUACCGAGUAAUACGGGUUCACUGCCGGAUUUGACGUCAGUCGGAUACCCCAUGUAUCCGUCGCCGUUGGACCAGGAGUACGACCAUAAUGUGCAAAGUAGUAGUUACUGUCCAAGUCCUCUCGGUACGUCUCCAUCAUCGUUAUCACCUACGGCGGCCAUCCCCAAUCACCAUCCCCAUCCGCGGCCGAACAAUUUCGGCGGUGGCAAUGGUGGCGGCGGGGGCGGCGGAGGAGGUGGAAGCUAUCCAAUUCCUACCAGCAGCCAUCCUAACAGCGGAAACGUCAGCCCCAGCAGCAACAACAACAAUACCAGUACGACUAACCUUAAUAACGCUACCAAUAACAGCAGCAGUACUACUAACCAUAACAGUGUUAAGAACAGCAGCAAGAAGCCGAAAUCUAGUCAGCCUUUUUUAUCUGUACCAGAUAGCAAUAGAUUUACGUUUAUGUCAAAGGGUAACAACAACACUUACGAUGUGAGCCAGUCACCACAGCCACAACAGCAGCAGCCACCGCAGCAGCGAAUACCAACCCUAGACCAGAUUAGUUACGAUAAUUUUAGUCAAUUAAAUGACGGUCUGUCGUCGCCGAAUCAUCAGAAUUCACCCGAAAAUAUUAUUUAUGGAUCUCACGGGAACAUUUCACCGCAUAUGAUGCUAGACUACCGAAAUCGGCCCAGUCCCGGUUCAAGUCCCGGAUUGGUGCUCGCGAAUAACCUCGACUCGAACUCUAGUGCACCUUGCAGUCCAGUGUCACAUAGUAUAGGCAGUAAUAACGGGCAAUCUUAUGAGAAAUAUCCCUCGAACGAUGGAUAUGUUCAAAACACCCUGCCACAGCAUCUGGAACAUAUAACCUUGGGAGACAAUUCGUUACCACCGGACUUUGCGACAAGUCAGCUCGUAUUCACAACGUUUGAUGAAUCCUAUCUGACGCUCAAUAACGAUCUCAACCUACGACCGGAUCCAACGCAUCAGCAACAAUCACACCAGCAGCAGCAGCAGCAGCAAACGCAGCCACACCCGCAGCAACAGCAGUCGCCGCAACAACAACAACAGCAGCAGCAUUCACAGCAACAGCAGCAGCAACAGCAUACUCACGUGCCGCCCCCGCAGCAGUCGCCACAUCUCAACUCUGGUAGCUGUGGUCCCAUGCAGAAUAGUGUCAACGUCAACCAUCAAAGCCCGAUGGGCAACCACACGUACAACAGUCACAACCACAACGGGAGUAACGAACCACUACUUAGUUUGCAGACCGCUCCCCAGAUUCAGUCCACCCCCACCACGAUACCAGAAAUUGUAUUUACAGAUUUCUCAACCCGAGACGACUUUGAAGCGGAUCUCGGCCUUGGUCAGAUGGAUUUUCAGAGCUUUCAGAUGCUUUCCGACACUGGUGCCAUGAUCGAUCCGAUGGACGAGGACAGUUUUCGGCGCGAGCUUCAGUGAGACGACCUGCAAGCAAACGAUGAUGCUGAGUUUCGCACCGACGAGAUGACAAGGUUACAAGCUUUCGUUACGUUGCUUUAGUUUGACGAUUAUUUCCGUUCGAAACAAUCAAAAGAACGAAAAGGACAUCCUACACGAUUAGUGGUAGGACAUUUUCUUUCUGAAAGAGAGAGGUAUUAUUGCUCUAAGACAUGGUUCAUUUCUACGCGAGUCAUGCUUUUAGGAUUUUGCAAAUGACAGACAAUUUGAAACAAAAAGUGCAGUACUAGAAAACGGCUAUAGAAUUUUAUAAGGUUUUAACCUAUAAGAAAAAGGAACGCUAUUUGAGAUACAAUGAACUUAAUGAGUAAGUUUAAAAUAUAGUGAUAGUGGCAUGAAAAUGGCGAAUAGAGUAUUGGGCAAAACAUUGUACGCGAGAGAUAAGUGCGGUUGGGCAAAUGUACGAAUUUAGGAUAGUGUCUUGUGCAUGAGAUAGCGAAACUAAAUUUUCGACAGAUUUCAUAAUGAAAACAAAGAAAGCACAAAUCAAGACCAUUUAAAAUGUACCCCAAUAAGUUUGGAGCAAACUUUUGUUUCAGUGUAUGGAUCAAUAGGGAUUCCUUACUAGCAUCAUGGAAUGAUAUUGCAUGCAUUACGUUUAGUCAGUUAUACAUGACCAUUAAAUUUACGUUUUUUUUGUAGGAUCGGAAUGGAGUGCUCAAUUUGAUAUUAGGUCAUUUGGAGGAAGGGAUUAUUCGACAAAUGGUGUUAUAUCAAGCGGUGUACACCUGAAUCAGAAAAGUUUUUAAUUAAAAAGCACGAUAUGUACCCGAUAAGCCUGUUGUUUCAGAUAGGGUGAAAAGAGACGCAUGAAUACUUAAUUCUGUAGAGAUUCAUAUACGAAGCCAACAUUCAAACCGAUUAAUGACUGAGAUUUUUUGUUUUUGUCUGUUUCUUACGCAUGAGUCUCAACCAGAAAAAAAACUACGGAAUGAUAAUAAAAAGAAAAUACUUUAUAGAUAGAGAUGUAUGCAAAACAAAAUCUUCGAAGCCUUCAGUGAGCGAAAUUUAAACGAAUACAACAAACAAGGAAGAAAACACAGUUUGAAAAUGUGUAAUUUUAUUGAGGAAGCAAAUCUAAGAAGUAAAUAUCGUAACAUAUCAAAAAUCCAUUUUCCCUCUAAAUAGCCAUAACGAAGAUCGACAAUUCAAUAACUGGUUCCCGAACAGAUAAACAUGUUUAACAGUAAAAUACAGCCAAAAACCAGAAAUAUUCUAGAAGAUUAAAUAACAGCCAUCCCUCCCACGAUAUUGCUCUCUUUAUCUCUAUCUAUCUAUCUCUCUCAGAAAUCGCAUUUCUACCUUACUAACGGUCGUUGACUGUGUUUAAUUCUAUCAACUAUUCUUCUACUAAUAGUUCACACACGCGCAUACUGUUACUACCAUUCUGCCCUCUUUCCAAUCUAUCGUACCGAAAUAUUUUCUACACAUACACAUUUGUCCAAACAUCCAGUUAAAAUAUAAACAGCUCAUGAACGUAUUUUUUCCGCGUAUCACUAGAUAUAAAACACGUACACCAGGAACACACACACACCACACCAUACAACAAUACAACUUAAAUGUUCAUUCUGAAUGAGCAGUGAAACGAUAGUCAGCCGAUGGAAAAAGAAAUUCUACCAACAACAGUUAUUGUUAAUGUUCAAACAGGUAACACAAUUCGAAAAAAACGCCCCUUCAACUACAUCCUAUAGCAGAUGAGAGAAAAGAAACGACUUAGAAUAACUAUGUGUAGUUUUUUUUAAGGAGACCAACAAAUUUGUAUAAACAUGUGGUUUUUAGUUAAAAAAUUAAA